GCAGUUCAGUUUCAAACAAUUAGUGAAGAUGAAAACGUUUAUUUUUUUCACAUGUGCGUUCAUAUUAGUGCAAAUUUCAAAACAGCAAGAUUUUGGAGAUGCUUUUCAACCCGUCAAUAAUAUUUCACUCUGUUGUAAUAAAAUUUAUGAUCAGAAACACUUUACUAUAAUAAGUCCUGGGUUUCCGAAUGGUCAAUUAACAGAUGUCGAUUGUGAAUACAGGAUCAAAAGGGCAAACGAUAAUAUUUGUAGAUUAAAAUUGAAGUUUAAUUUUUUCUCGAGUGGGAUUUUUAAGAAUGGUGACUGUUUAAAUGGAUAUAUGGAGAUCGAUGGUAAAAAAAUAUGUGGUUGUGCAACCGGGGUGAAAUUAACUGUUAAUUUUGAUCAAAAUUUGAGAGAUGAAAUUAAAGUUAUUAAAUAUAGGGAAAAUGAUGGAUUUUUGAAUGGUGUUAGUGGGUUUUCUAUAGAAAUUACUCAGGAUAGUUGCCCUGAAAAGCUACAAAAUAAAAAUACUUAUAACAAAGAAUUAAAUUUAAGAUCUUAUUAUACUUAUUAUUAUAAUUAUUUUGAUGAUUAUGAACAAGAAUCGAGUUAUAUAGAUGUUUCUCAAUUUGAUAAUAAAAACAAUAAUUGCAAUAAAUGGCAUCAAAUAAAUCAUUUACACCACGUGUUUAAAUCAUGGUAUCAUAAUUCUCCGAGAUGCCCUCAAAAAAUUGAUUAUACCAGUAGAUGUAUUAUUUUAAAUUCGAUUAAUGGAUCUUUUCGCAGUGCUGGUUAUCCUUAUUGGUAUGGAAAUAAUUUAAAUCAAUGUUAUAGAUUUAUCCAACAACCCGGCUUUUGCUCAGUAAAAGUACACAUGUUGGAUUUCCAAUUACAAAAUAGUUACGAUUGUUACAACGAUUAUCUUCUAUUUAAUAAUAAACACAGGUCUUGUGGAAAUGAAUUAUGCAACAAAGUUUUUUAUCUACCUUUUAAGCAACAACAUUACGAUCUCUUUUUCAUAACUGAUUAUUGCUUUUGUAACCGUGGUUUUGCGGGGACAUAUGAACAAAUUAGUUGUAAUAAUGAAACAACAACUGAAGUAAUUACUACUGAGAGUAAUACUGAAAUUAUAACAACAACUGAAUUGGAACUAAUUCCUUGCGGUGGAUUGAUUACAGCUAAAAAUUUUACUUUGGACAUUUUUGAGUAUCAACAAAAUAUGUGUAGAUUUGUUGUUAGAAGAUUCAGUGAUGCAAUUUGUACUCUUGGUAUAACCUUUAACGACUUUAACUUGGAUUGUAACGUGCGUAAUUUAAUUAUUAAUGGAACAACACAUUGUGGAUAUAAAUCUGGAGAAGAAAUUUUAUUAAGUUUUACUAGUAACAAUGAUGAAAUCGAAAUAUUGUAUCAAGGAAAUAACGUGGGAGGUAGAAAUAGGAUAUUAAGUCUGGAUGUUAUACAAAAGGACUUUGAUUGUUCGCCAGAUUUGGAAGUACCACCUCCUUCAUAAUUUUAAUUUAAUU